CCAAUGGGAUAUAGAUAACUCAAUUAUUCUCUCACAAUCAACAACUCCAUAAAACCUCAUCCUGCAUAAAAUACGCGGCAGCACAUCCUUUUCCUCUUACGUGUCCAAACCAAACACAUGCAAAACCUCACUAUAUAUACAUCUCUCAUAUUCUACACGCUUUCAUCCCACUCGUGCUUACUAUUCUACGACCAAGUUGAACAAACGUUAGAGAAAAACUAUUAAGGUUAAUUACUUCGAUGAUGGCUGUGACUCUCACGAUCCUGGUCACCUUGCUCUCGGUUCUUUCUUCUGCAUCGUGUGCUCGAUUGGUUGGGGGGAAGACGGAGAUCCCUGACGUGAGGACAAACAGGGAAGUGCAAGAGCUCGGGAGGUUCUCGGUGGAGGAGUACAACCACGGUUUGAAGCUGUCGGUGAACGACAGCGAUAACGACAGAGAGAAGUUGACCUUUACAGAAGUGGUGGAGGCGCAGCAACAAGUGGUGUCAGGGUUGAAGUACUAUUUGAAGAUCUCUGCUACUCAUAGAGGGAUUCACAAAAUGUUCUCCUCAGUGGUGGUGGUAAAGCCAUGGCUUUCUUCCAAGAAGCUCCUCCACUUUGCACCUGCAUCCACCACCAACACUAACCAGUGAAGAAUAUAAGAGAGAGAGAGAGAGAGAGAGAGAGAGAGAGAGAACGAGAGAGAAUCCUUGUAGAAUAAUAACCAUGGAGGUUAAUUUCUUGACUAGAUAUGCAUGGUAAUAAUUUUUUCCUACAUGUACUUUUUGUAUGGUGUGUGUGGGGAGAACGGGAAUUUUCGACUAAAAUUUGAAAUCUAUAUAUAUAUACAUGAAUACUAAUCAUGUGUACCAAAGAAAAUAUGAGUAUUAAUAUAAUUAUUGUAAGUUUGUGUCCUAA